AUGGUUCUAUCAGUAAUAUGUGUUUUCUGGAUUACAACCAAGUCUUACAGAACCUUUCCUAUUUCCCAAUCAGAUGAUACCCACAACAACAAGUUGCAAAGAGUCGCCAAAGUGUCCAUGCUAUAUGGAGAGACGAACCACAUGUACGAAAGAGCACUGCAAAGCCAUGAACGCCACGGGAAACUAUGGGGCUACCCCAUGCAUAUCCUGCGGCAGGAUAUUUCGGUCGGAUUUUGGAAUAAGCCGAGCUAUCUGCUAUCCUUGGUUAUCAGCGAAUUAACCAAGCCAGCCGGGGAGAGAAAAGAAUGGUUGAUGUGGGUAGAUGCAGACUCGAUUAUAUUGAAUAACGAUAUCCCUGUCGAAAUUUUUCUUCCGCCAUCGGACCUGAAAGAUAUCCACCUGGUGGCAACCCAGGACCAAAACGGCCUCAACACGGGAAUCAUGUUUCUCCAUGUCCACCCUUGGAUGAUUAGUUUCCUCACCGAGACAAUGGGCUACCCUCUUUAUCUUCCUCAGAUUGAUCUUGGUCGAUCUGCUGACCAGGAAGGCAUGAGACGUGUGCUCAACAAGACGACGGGGGGUCCAAGCGGACAGGGCUACGCGGAUGGGGUCUCCUACCUGCCACGGCCAUGGAUCAACACCUAUGAAUGGGACUGGGCCUAUGAAGGCAAAAGGGGAGAUCUGCUCGUGCACUUCCCGGGUCUGGAGGAGCGCCGAUGGCCGCACAUGGCCAAAUGGUUGAACAUUGUCGAGACGACUCCUCAUGAGUGGAACUUGCCUCUUGAGGAGACUGGAUACAUUAACAAGACCACAACGUACUGGUCACAGAUGCGAAGUGCGAAGGAAAGUAUCAAGUCCGCGGAGAAGAAACUGAAGUCUGGGGAGGCAGUGUCUAAAAAUACCAAGGAAGCAGUCGGUGCACUCAAGGAGGCAUUGCGUGAGAAAUCAGACGAUAUGGAACUUGUACAGCAGAGGCUCGAGGAUCUUGAUGCGUUGAUUGGAGUGACAUAG